AUGGACUUCACACGACUCAACAGCCUGAAGUUCGACCUCUGGUCUACCAACGCUACCCUACCUAGCCUUCCAUCGACGCUUCUCGAUGCUCUCAUACCAGGCUAUGGCAUCUUCUCUCAGGUUAUCUUCCGUCUUCUAGGUUUCGACAUCGGUCUCCUAGUCUCCGGAUGCCUCGUAGUGAUCGGUCUCAGCAAAGGAGGACAGUAUCUCUACCACCGCGCCUUUGCAAUUUUCGCCAGCUACUUUAUGUCUUCGGUACAGAUUGAAGAUGAAGACCAGCUGUUCCGGCAGGUGGUAGAGUGGAUCGCGGAGCAGAACAUGACGCGAGUGUCGAGGGACCUGAUGGCAGUGACUAAGUGGGUGAGCGCGUACGAGGACAGCGAUGAGGAGCAGAACGCCAAGGAUGAGGAUGUGUUAGAUGAGUCUGGCAUUUUCAAUUACGAAAAAUGGGCGAGUAAUAUCCCACCGCGGUAUGAACCCAACUUUGGGAGCGAUAAGUUUUGGUACCGAGGCCGCAUGUUCACCUUCUCGCGCACGAAGAAGGAGAAGCCAAGGAGUAUCUGGAACAGCUCGGAUACCCAGUUUCUGGUGAUUCAAUGCGUGGGCAGGAGCACGGAGCCUAUCAAGGAGCUUCUAAACCACAUCAAGAGGUGGACGCUUACCAAGGAGCACAAAAUGACGAGUGUGUACCGGCCGGCACCGAAGGAAGAGCGCAGAGACUGUGCGUGGGACAGGCAGUCUUGCCGUCCUUCGCGACCCAUGAGUACUGUCUCGCUAGACCAGGAGCAGAAAGCUAAGAUCGUCAUGGACAUCAAUGAGUACCUCCAUCCCGCCAGCGCUAGAUGGUACGCUGCUAGAGGUAUUCCCUACCGUAGAGGCUACCUAUUCUAUGGUCCACCUGGAACUGGCAAAACAAGUCUUUCCUUCGCACUUGCCGGUAUCUUCGGCCUCGACAUCUACUGCAUCUCGCUCAUGGAGAUUGGUCUCACUGAGUCCGACCUGAACAAGCUCUUUACCACGCUGCCACGCCGCUGCAUCGUCCUGCUCGAGGACAUCGAUUCAGCCGGUCUCCGCCGCACUGAUGACUCCCCAGCACCCAUCGACGCCGAUUCUAGCAGCGACGGCACGCCCUCUGAAGACGGCGUCAAAGUUGAAGCGCUGGCCAAACUACCAGGCGCAGCUCUUCAGGGGCCAGGCAUCAAGUCGCUAAUCUCGCUUUCCGGCCUUCUCAACACCAUCGACGGGGCUGCGUCCCAUGAAGGGCGCGUCCUGAUCAUGACGACGAACCACCCCGAGAAACUUGACCCUGCGCUCAUCCGCCCCGGCCGCGUAGACCUUCAAGUCCAAUUUACGCUCGCGACGCGCUCGCAGACCCGCGACAUCUUCAAGCGCAUGUUCAGCACCACCUCUUCGUCUCCCCCUCCCCAGCCCAACCCCCAAGCCCUCCAGACCUUCCACACCCACUAA